AACAACCAUAAAAGUUGAAAUGGACUCGUCGCCGCAAUUGUAUAAAAUAAAUUCCAAAUGUCUUCCGGAAUAAAUUGUCGUGAAAUUUUCGUAUUUUUGGAAAUCUUAAUUUGGAACCAAAGGGAUCAUCAGAAGAAGAGAAAUCAUAGUCAACAACAACAACAGCAGCAGCGACACAGCAACAAUAAUAAUGAUAGUGACCAGCAACAAAAGCAACAGCAGCAACAACAACAAAACAACGCAGUGAAAGUGUUAAAGUGUAAUACUAAUAAUAGUACCAACAACAACAACAAUAAUAAUAAUAACAUACACAAAACCUAUAGCAACAAUAGCAGCAAUAGCAGUAACAACAGCAACAACAGCGGUGUCGUGAGCGGUAGUCAAAGUAGCAGCAGCAACUGUAACAACAAAAACAGCUGCAGCAACAAUAACAAAAGCCAAAAAAUCACCAAUUACACGCAUAGUGCUGGUCAUCGUCAGCAACAACAACAGCAACAACAAACGCAUUUACAAUAUUUCCAACAGCAGCAGCUGAACAACGCCAAAUGUAAUAACAUCAGCAACAGUAACAACAAAAACAACAGCAAUACGCAUCCGAACCACUUGAAAUUGUUGCAAAAUCAAAUGAAAAUCGCACGCAAAGUCUGCACCAGCAGCGGCCAACAGUAACAGCAGCGCGCU